AAUAUCUCCGCUUGCUGGCUGCAAUGAAUAUUUUUCUUCAUCUGGCUAUUCUUCUGUACAUCAAAGAUUCCGCUUCUGAUCCUGUCUGCAGGAUGGGUUACUUUCCAUGUGGCAAUCUUACAAUGUGUCUCCCCAGGUCUUUUCAUUGUGAUGGAGUGAAGGACUGUGAGAAUGGGGCAGAUGAAGAUUAUUGUGGAGAUAACAAUGGAUGGGCAAAUAUUUUUGAUGAGCUUCAUGGAAAAGCUAGUGAAGUGAUCGAACCACAAGAAUGUGGUCUCAGCCACUACCCUGAAAGUUGUGAGUGCAAAGACACUGAGCUCGAGUGUGUAGAUGUCAAUUUAGAAGCAGUUCCGAACGUUUCAAGCAAUAUAACACUUUUGUCUUUAAAAAGAAACAAGAUUCGAAAGCUUCAAGAUGAAGUGUUCAUUGGUUUUAAUAAUUUGGCAAAGUUGUUUCUUCAGCACAACUGUUUGAGAAAUAUAUCCCAGAAAGCUUUUUAUGGAUUAUAUCAACUUCAAAAACUAUAUCUUAGUAACAACUGUAUUGUCAACCUACAUGUUGGUGUAUUCAGCCACUUGCGUGAACUAAAAUGGCUAAUCAUCGAUGAAAACCCGAUAACGACAAUUUCACAGGAGUUAUUUACUGGCCUGGAGUCAUUGUUUUUCUUGUCAAUGAUAAACAACUCACUGGAGGCGCUUCCUCGCAAGUUAUGCGCCCAGAUGCCACUCAUUAAUUGGAUGGAUUUUGAAGGCAACCAGAUAAAGACUCUGAGUAAUCUGAGUUUUGAGACAUGCGAUGAACUUACUGUUCUAUUUUUACGAGGAAACAAAAUCAGCUUGGUGAAAGAAAACAUAUUUUCUACCUUACGGAGUUUAGCAGAAAUAGAUUUAUCAAACAAUGAGAUUACAGAAGUACCACUUUCCAGCUUCAAGGAAUUGAAGUAUUUGCAGAAACUUAAUCUUGGUUGUAAUCCACUUUCCCUUAACGUUGGCCAGUUUGAAACAAUGCAGCAUUUGCAAUCACUCGACCUAGAAAAAAUAGAAAUUCCUAAUAUAAGCACAAGAAUGUUUCUGCCGAUGAAGAAUCUGUCACAUAUAUAUUUCAAAAAGUUUCGGUAUUGUUCAUAUGCUCCCCAUGUGCGGGUAUGCACGCCACUAACAGACGGGAUAUCAUCAUUCGAGAAUCUACUGGCCAACACGGUUCUUCGGGUGUUUGUCUGGGUUAUCGCUUGCAUCACUUGCUUUGGAAACAUCUUUGUGAUUGGAAUGAGAUCCUUAAUUCAGUCGGAAAAUAAGACGCAUACAAUGUCAAUAAAGAUUUUAUGCUGUGCUGAUUGUCUGAUGGGAAUCUACCUGUUCUUUAUUGGAGUAUUUGAUGUGAAAUAUCGGGGACAGUACAAAAAAUAUGCAUUGCUGUGGAUGGAGAGCCUUCAAUGCAGAAGUCUUGGGUUUCUUGCAAUGUUGUCAACAGAAGUGUCUGUUCUACUUUUGACCUACUUGACGUUGGAAAAGUACUUGGCCAUUGUUUUCCCAUUCAGCAACAUCAGACCAGGAAAACGCCAGACUCUCGUAAUCCUUCUGUCUAUAUGGGUGGUUGGAUUUAUUAUCGCCAUCAUCCCAUUUUGGGACGAAGACUUUUUUGGAAAUUACUACGGAAAAAAUGGAGUAUGUUUUCCACUUUAUCCUGAUCAAACAGAAGAAGUGGGUGGCAAGGGAUAUUCUCUUGGAAUAUUUCUAGGUGUGAACCUUGUAUGUUUCAUCAUAAUAGUGUUUUCGUAUGUUAGUAUGUUUUGCUCCAUUCAAAAGACUGCCCUCCUGUCCUCCGAUGUUGGAAGUCCGAUUCAUACCGAUGUUGCUGUUGCCAACAGAUUUUUUUUCAUAGUUUUUUCCGACGCUGUGUGUUGGAUUCCGGUGUUUCUCCUCAAAAUUCUGUCUCUGAUGCACGUUGAAAUUCCAGGUACUGUAACUUCCUGGAUUGUUAUCUUCAUCCUCCCCGUCAACAGUGCCUUAAACCCCAUACUUUACACUUUGACAACAAGUUUCUUCAAAGAAAAACUAAAACAACUGUUACACAGACAGCGCAGGCGAUCCAUAUUCAGGAAUGAAAGGAAAAGCUUAUCUACGUCCCUUGUAUGGACUGAGGACCCUGUGAUCCAACAGUCCUCUUCACUAAAACUUGGAUUUCUCCAUAAAAAAUCUUUGGCUGAUAGUAUAACAUCAACAUGAUUAAGAGACAUACUCUGUGGCAAUAACGCCUAAUUGGAUACUCUGGGUUGCCAGCAUCAGCCUGCGCGAUGAACGUGAUGCAUAAAUGUUACGGAGAGCAUUUGUGUUUCUGUCUUUCUACAUCUCGUUGAGAUGAAGAAAACCGCUGCCGAUGGAAUCACUGAAAUAGAGGCACAUAUGUGAUGAUUAUAGUCACUACUGGAAGGCACUUUUUUAUAUUACAAAUGCUGUUUGCUUUUGCACAUUAAGGCUUUGUGUUCAUAUUUUUACUGCUGUGAAUCAUGACCACUUCUAUAUCAUGCAUUGCUAAUAGAAAGGGCAUUAGUGGUGUGAUACAAAGAUAGCAUACAAUGGCUUAUAGCCGUGAACUUUACUCUCCUUAUAGGAGAACACAAAUAUUUUUGAAAGGCAUUUGCAGCAAUUUUUUUCUACACAAUACUGUUUCUAUUACCUAUAUUUAAUCGUUUAUUUAAGCAAAAUGCCCUUCUAUUCAUGCGAUAGAAUUUUCUAAAAUAGAAAGGAAAUUCAAAUAGUGGAGCGCUUACAAUAUUUCUGUCUUAGAUGUGUAUGUGAAGGAUACAUACAUAUAGUAUGAGUAACAGCUUUAAGAAUUUGACUUUAUAAAUUUGACAAAUGAACAGUCUAGGAAGCGCCUUAUAACAAUAACUAUUAUUAUUAUUUUUUUAUUUUUGGGGGAAAUUUUCUAAAAUAUUUGCAAACUGAACAUAAAGACUACAAACAAUCUAAGCUAGCAAAAUAUGGGUGAACAAUGGAAUUAAUAGUCCAUCUACCCAAGUGACUGUUUGAUAUAGCCAAACACCAAAUGGUGCAGUUCUCAGGUUAACAGUGUUACGAUUUCCAUAUAGCCAGCAGUUAGAAACCAAACAUUAGUUUAAACAUGCAUGUUCCUGAAAUGUUACUCAGUGUGUAUCUGUCUAAUGAUCCAUAAUGGUUUGGAAGUUAAAAUGUUCAAAUGCCUGACAUGUGCAUGUGUGUGUUUGUAUGUUUUCGUUUAUGGUUACAAACAUUUAUUGUAAAAUGUUGACUUUUUUAAUGGAAAUAGCCAUUUUCUGCAUUUACAACAAUCUUAUAUUA